AUGGACGACCUACCUGGCCCUAGGCAGCUCUUCCGGACGUGCCUUCGCCGCCCCGGGGCUCUCCCCCAGGGCCGAGUGCGUACAUAUUUGAUCUUCGCCUUUCUGAACGUACUCACUUUGAUGAAUGCCUUUGAGUCGACAUGCCUCAUCGUGAUCCUCCCUACCAUAGCGGUGGAGCUCAACGCCUCGGUUGCGCAAUCGCUCAGCUUCAGCUCCAUCUUUCUCACGGGGAUGACCCUCGUGCAGCCCCUGUCCGGUGAGAUCAGCUGGGUCUUUGGUCGCAGAGGAGCCAUGCUGAUGGCUCUUCUGACCUUCGCAAUCGGCACCACUGUAUGCGCCUGUGCAGAGUCCCCGGGGCUGCUCCUGUUCGCGAGGCUCAUCCAAUGA